CAAUUUUCUCUAUAGUGCAACAACUCAUUCCUCGAACACUUGGUAUAUAGAAAUGAAGCGAGGUCGGAGAUGUGAGGAACGUUCUUCGAUGACUUUUGGAAAUGCAUCGGCGAAUGCCUGCUUGCUUUGGAUCUGGAUGCUGUCAUCGCUUUCCGAUUCGUAUACUUGCAGCGCUUUCCGCGGCACGACUAGGUCACAUGCAUAUAAAACGAUGAUUCCUAAGGUCAACUUUGUGCAGCUAAAAAGAAGUGCUUUACGUCUACGGCAGAACGACUACGUUUCGAAUGAUGACGAGCUGUCCAAUCUCCUCCGAUCCUACGGCUACGAUCGACGAUUAUUGGAAAUCCGUCCCGGGGAUCUGCCACUUCUAGCGGAAGUGUUCGUGGACGGAACCUCCGUUUUGGGACAAAUCGUACAGUUUCUGUCUUCGUCCGUCGAGCCCAAAGUCGUCGUGUUUCUAGGAACCAAGCUGGAACAAAUGGUGGUUGAUUUGGGUCAAGUUACAACUAUUUGGGAUAAACCGGUGGACCAUGAUGCGGAUGCGAAUUUGCCGCCGUUACCAGAUUGGGACGAAGUUGUAUCUCAAGCACAAAUUUUCAGCAAAGACAACGCGGAAGGAGCUUUCGAUCGUCUCUACCGUACGCGUGUAGGCCGAGCACGAUCAUCGACCAACGGUCUGAGUAAACGAGAUGUCACUAGAUUGGUACAGCUUUAUCCUGAUGCAGAGCAAGCAAGAGUUGUUGAUGUGCUCUUGCGAAAACUGAUCAAAGCGGGCAGUGGUCUGUCGCGACUUGUAGAUUCCUCAGUUGCGAAGGCCUAUCUAUUCCGUGGGAUGCCCGAAAAGGCCGGCAUCCAACAACGCGCUGUGGCGUCGUAUCUUCUCGCGCACGAUGCCGCAGCCGGUGGUCGUUUUAAACGAUGGCCGUGUGGCUACGUAACUUCAGCAUUCGAUCAAGGAUCUUUGCUGUCCAUCUCAGUACUCAACGGUGGCUGGCUAGUAGUAGACCAGAGUGUUCGAGCAGGGACAGAAGCACGAAAAUUCGUUCAACGUGCGGCCGAUAACGAUGGCACAGUUUCUUCUGUAAGAGCGGGAAAGUCUUCAACAGCGGCGGACGAACGUAUCCUGCAGCGACUCGAAUGUCUAGCCAUGGGAGAACUGUUUUCGAAAGAAACCAGCGACGAACGCGAUUUGGAACUCGAUGUCCGUGAAGUAUUGAACGGAAUGAACCAGUCUUUGUCACCGCAGGGUGCGAAAAAAGCCCUCAUUCAAGUUGGCUGGUGGUCGGGCAUGGAAUCAUUUGAUCGAAUUGAACCCUGGCCGAAGGAAGUCUUGGACGCGUCAGCUUGGUAUUCUAAGUGGGCAAGGAAGAAUCUGGGGUCGGGUGAAAAGAGGGUUGACUUGACACACUUACCCGCCAUUGCAAUCGAUGCCAAAAAAACAUCGUUUUGCGAUGAUGCUAUAGGCGUCCGUCCCCGAGCAAGUACGGGACGUGCGGUUGAUCUUGCAGUUUCGAAAUGGGAAGUCUUGAUUCACAUUACAGACAUGUCCGACAUUUAUGCUGCAACCUCGCUUGAUAGUAUCCCAGAUCCUGAAGACCAUUUAUUAAAGCUUAGAGACGCCGCAAGGCGCCGAGGAACCAGUCGAUACGAUCUCCCUCUGGGGCCUCUGCAUCUUCUACCUCCGGUAGUAUUGCAAGCGCUCUCGCUUUCAAGCCGUAAAGAAAGUCAUCGAUGCGUUACUCUUUGGGCGUACAUUGACGAGCGAACAGGCAGGCUUCGAGACGCGGGCAUUGAACGCACAGUAAUCUCUUCGCCCGUCCACUUGUCAUACGAAGCAGCCACAGCUCUCAUGACCGAUUCAACGGAUGCAAAUUCGAAAUCGUUUGCAAACAAAGCCCGUGCCAUUCUCCUAGUGUCUGAAAGAAAUCUGCAAUUAUGGAACAACCAGCAUCGAGAUGUAAAUCAAGCUGCACAAAAACGAGAACAGAGGCUCGCUGCCCGUGCUUUGAACAAUGACGUGUCUCAUACGUUCGGCGCUAGUAACGGACACUUUCAACGGACUCGAGGCCAUCGCUUAGUCGAUUCUUCCUUACAAUUGUAUGCUUACGCUAUCAACGAUCUCCUCCGCAAAGCUAAAGCGCCAAUUCCUAUUGCCGCAGGUGCGGAUGCAUCAAGGAGUGCUCGAGUGGCUACAGCUCCACUGCGACGAUACAUUGACGGGGAGAGUCAGAGGCAAGCGCUUGCCGUGUUGUGCGGAUACGGAACACCGAUGACGAUUGGCGAGUGCCGCGAAGCAGGGAUCGCGGCAAACGGAGCACGGAAUGCUAUCUCGAAUUUUCGUGCUGUCAGGAAGAAAUAA